AUGAACCAGAUUCUUGGUAACAUCAAAAACGUUGCCGAGAAUUCUGAUGUGUUGCGGCCGAUUGUUGAGACAAUGACCAGUGCUGGCAACCUCGAGACCCCAAGCAUCGAGGUUCUUUCGCCUUUGAUCCUGGAGUUUUAUGGUUUGGCUAGCCAUCCCUCGCCAGAGCAAGCGGCCGCGCUGGCGCAUCAGGAUGCAUGGGGUGAUGCUCGAGCUGCUGAGCUUGUUCGCAUGUACGAGAAGGGCUUCGCUAUCUUCCUCAAGGCUGGGGGCAAUGCUGCGAGCCUCAAGCGUGCAGAUCCUGAUGAUGAUAUUUCGGAUCCUUAUAUCCAAGAGGGUGAAAGUGAUUCUGUGGAGACCCCUCGCACGGCGGAGUCUAAGACGACUACGUCGGAGUCGGCAGAGGAUAGCCUUGAAUCUGCAGGUGGCUUCUCAGAGCAUUUUUCUGUAGAUGAUAUUGGGCCUCGAAGUUUGGACAAUGCCCUGACUUCAGUGGUCGAUGAGAAUGAGAAGGCUUUGCCUUUGCAGGCGCCAGCUCCCCGGGAGCAAAUGCAGGCUUUGCUGGAUGCGGGUGUUGCCAAGCUGUCUCAGCUGCUUCUUUUCCGCAGCACAGAGGUUGCAUAA